UAAACCCGGGAGUCUAUAUAAAAACAAGAACAUCAAAUAACGGUAUUCAACUGCCACUUCUUUCCCGCCAAAUUUCAAUUAUUCUUUUCCUGUAUACCCUCCAAAAUCAAGACGCCUUCUCCGGACCAGAGUCUCCCCGGUCUCGAUCCCGUUGCAGCGGCUAUUGGUGGUCGGCUGGUGGCCGCCCCAAGCGCCACCAACCCUCCACCGACAUCCAACCAAGCCAUGUCGGAAACCGGUGCCAAUCUUCCUCAUCAUGUUGUGGCACCAUUAGACCCCAAUCUUCAAGCACUCGAACACUUUCUUAUGCAUGAUGACAACAAUAACAAUUUUCCACCACCAAAUUCUUCACAACAAACAGGUUUUUCGAUUGAUACUCCACUGGUUCAGGAUCAAACACCGGUGGCAGGCUAUGAAAGUGAUCCAAGAGUGGAAACAUUUGUACACAACGAGAUGUUUGUAGAGGGUUUUCAAACAAACCCGUCUUGUGUUCGUGAUGAAACAAACACUAGAUCGGGUGAAUUCGGAAACCCUAUUCGACUUUCAUCAUGGCCUUUGCAACUGCCUCCGUAUACUUGUAGUUGUUGUCAAAUUCUAAGAGAAAUCACACAUACAAAUGGUGUUGAGAUUUCGAAGCUUGAGAUUCAUGGAAGACUUGGUGUGAUUUGUCAUGGUGUUCUUGAGAAAUAUAGUGUCGACCUAACGGAGAAUCGAGAUCAUGAGUACAAGAUGUUCGAUUUUUGCAAGGAAAGUUUAAGAAGAGUGAAACAGUUUCUUGUUGAAUAUUGCAUGGAAAGAAAAACCAAUGCUUACAUAAUGCUUCAAGAUCCACUUUCAUCAUUUUAUGAAGCCAUAUGUGUUGGGUUGGAUUGGGAGGACAGUCCGGUGGUUACCGAUGACAUCGUUCGCGAAAAUUCAGGUGAUCAUCACAUGAACCAAACAUUACCAAAUGCGGAGAGCAGUAGAUCAGCAAGAUCUGUUAACAAGACUACUUAUUCGAUCCAGAGGGAAAGGUCCGGAAAACUUACAAUUCGAGAUCUUAUGAGCUACUUUCAUCUUCCCAUUGAAGAAGCCGCGAAGAAGAUACAAAUCUGCCCAACUGUCGUAAAGAAAAUUUGUCGUAAGCAUGGACUAUCACGAUGGCCAUACCGAAAGAUAAAAUCUAUAGAGAAGAAGAUAUCGAUGAGGGCAACAUAUUUAACUUCUGUAGAAGGUGAAGAACGAGGUCGUGUUCAGGCUCAAAUCGACACGCUUCAACAAGAAAUCUCUCAUAUUUAUUCAAUGUUUAGUUGAUAAGAAUAAUAACAUCAUAAUAUCUUUAUGUAUUUAUAAUGCGUGUAUAUAACAUUCUAAUCUAAUUUAAUACUGA